ACUACCUCUUGAAAGGAAAAAUGCUGCAGGAAAUGAAAUGUUUCAUACUCUUCGCUCUCUUUACCAAUCUGGAUUGUCUUUCUGCAAAUAACCAGUGCUUUGGAGCAAACAGCAUGGGAGAUGAUUGUCGAGUGAUUGAAUUCAAAGAAGGAACAAAAAACAAGAUCUUAAAAAAUUACGUUAUUAGGACACAGCAAGUGCAAGACAAGGAUAUCUGUGAGUUGAGAUGCUAUCUUGAACCACACUGCGUGUCUUACAACUACGGUCCGCGGGGAGGUGGGACAUUUACAUGCGAGCUGAAUAACAUGACACACUUACAAGUCCUCGAUUCCUUCGAAGACAAAAACGGAUUUUUAUACACAGAGAUUUUUAAUCCUUGUGAGAGCAAUCCGUGUGCUAAUCACGCCACAUGUCAAGCGGGAUUUGGUGACCAUGGGUACCGCUGCCUAUGUCCUGCUGGAUAUCAAGGAGUUCAGUGCGAGACAGAUAUCGAUGAGUGUAAAGAUGACAGCCAUGAGUGUCACUUCGCUGCCGAUUGUGCAAACAUCGCUGGAUCAUUUGACUGCAGUUGUAAGUCUGGACACCUUGGAGACGGACGGCACUUUUGCUCAGACAACUGGAAAAAGAUUAACAUCGGUCCUGUCUGUUUUGGGACAAAACAUGACGACUACGGAUCCUUUGAAAUCCGGGAAGCUGGUAAAAUCUUCACAUUUGAACUUGUACACACGAGUGGCUCCGUGACAUGCAACAGAAACUUUAUUCGAACAAAGUGGGGAUGCUCAUCGCAGUUUUACGGUAACCAUAACCUAAUGACGGUGAUAACUUACAGCAACAAAAGUGUUCUUCCACUUGCUAAGUUCGUGAAAAGCAACGAAGAGUAUUUUUACCAACUUAGCGGUGCUGAUGUCAACUCUCCCACGCUUGUGUUCAACCUGCUCCCCACCCCACUGGUCGUAUCGGUCGGACAGCAGUUCCAAGUAUGGUAUGGACAAGACUUGGCUGAUUUUACCGAGAACAAUAAUGAUGGCAAGACAUGCACAGACGUUCAUGCUUUGUACCCUUUAAAUUGAUUUUAUUCUGAGAUUAAAUCUAGAUUUAUCAAACUCCGAAAAACGAGAUGGACAUUAUAAAUGUUCCUCAUAUAUCACGGGGGUGUAAGAAAGACACUAAAUGAAUCAGACGUGAGAUAACUAAACUUGAAACUGCAUCGGUUAAGGGUCUUUUAUGGUUCGUCGAAUAGUCUUUGAAAUCUCCAAAUAUAUUAAUUAUACCAUAAUAUUUCUGGUGUCUACGGCUUUCCUAUUUUACGGUUAGAUAAGUAGUUUUGGCAGAGACCUGAGGGCGAUCGACCUCGUAGUACAACCCUUUAACAUUGACUUAGAAAAACACCUCGUAUCUUGCUGGUCCAUUUACAAAGCAUGAUUAGAUUGAAGAGUGA